CCUUCCCUUCCUUCCCACGGGCCAUGGCUGCCCAGAACUCUCUCAGCCUCUCUUUCUUUUUCUUUUUCCCCUCUCUCUCCUCUGGUUCUCACGGCAGCACACCUCUCUCUCUCUCUCUUCUUUUUUAUUCCUUCCACGCCGGCCACUUCCUCUCCGGACUCUCUCUCUCCCGCCGGCCUUCUCUCUCCGGGCUCUCUUCCCCUCUCUCUCGGUUGUACGGCGGAGACACUAAAAAAAAAAACAGAGAGAAAUAAAGAGAAGCGAGCUUUAAUCAUUUUGUGCUAGUGGAGAAGAUUGAAUAUUAAGGUUUUGAAGGAAGCGGAAGCUAAAGUAACGAGAGACUAGCCACAGGUUUGGCAACUGACAGAUAAGGUAUCAUGCGAACUGGUAAACCUGCUGAUGGCCUAGAAAAGAUAUGCAACGAGUAUCCUCGGGGGCAGAACCCGUAAUCCGGACUGGGCCACUACGAUGGUGUUAAGGCGACGCUAGAAGCAGCGCUGAGUAGAUAAAUUUGUUGCUACCGUCUGAUCAAGUGAGGACAUUGCACUCUUUCAUCCUUGUCGAAAAUGCUAAUGAAACAAAGAGGCUUCGGUCAUACCUUGUAGAUGGAUGCAUAAAGAUUCAUGAUAGUGUGCAAAGCAUAAGCAAGUGUAAGUUCAAAGUUUUCCACUCUUUGUAAGCCACAUAUGCCCUUGUCUCAGAAAUGAUGCUCCAUUGAAAAGUUAAGCCUUGAAUUCCCCGUCUUUUGAUGCUUUUUCGAGCAAUGCUAUAAGGAAAUUGCUAAACCACUUGGUCACGCAGUUCUACAUUUAAACAAUAUUCAUCUUUCUUUCUUUCUUCCACAACAGAAGAGCGAAGAAAUUCUCAUUCUUUUCCUCCCAAGGAUAUGGCCAUUGUUGCUUCUUCAUUCUUUAUCGACAAUGAAGUCUUCAUCAGUUUCAGAGAGGACACUCGUAAGAACUUUACUAGUCAUCUUUACUCUGCCUUAUGCCGGAAACACAUUCGAACCCACAUAGAUGAUCAGAAUCUCGAGAGAGGAGAUGAAAUUUCACCUGCACUUUCGAGAGCAAUUGAGGAAUCGAAGAUUUCAAUAGUCGUCUUCUCAAAAGAGUAUGCUUCUUCUAGAUGGUGCUUGAAUGAGCUCGUGCACAUUCUCAAAUGCAAGAAUGAAAGAGGUCAGAUUGUUUUACCCGUCUUUUACAACAUGGAUCCUUCGGAUAUUAGGAAACAGAAGGGGAGUUAUGCUAUUGCCUUUGCUGCACACGAAAAACGUUUUGAGCCGAACAAAGUGAAGGAGUGGAGAAAUGCUUUGAUUGCUGCAGCUGAUCUAUAUGGCUUUCAUUCACAAGAUGAGAAUCAUGAAGUUAGAGAUUUUGUUGCGCUCAAGGAAAAGAAGAAGAUGCAAGGAAUCAUGAAGUUACAGGUUUUGUGGUGCUGAAGCAAAACAAGAAGAUGCAGG